AUGUCGAACGUAGCAGUGACGCUCGGAAUUAUUGAAAUCGGCGUUUCCGUCUCUGUUUUCCUCUUCGGCUUGUCAAGCCUCCAAGUCUACUCUUAUCAUUCGCGGUUCCCAAAUGACCCCAUCCAGCUCAAAGCAUUUGUGUACCUUGUGUGGCUACUGGAACUAGGUCAUGUCAUCUGCACUCUAGACUACUUCUGGGUGGUUUCUAUCGUUCAAUAUGGCCAUCCAGAGAUGAUCCUCGGUAAAGCGCCGCCAAGCAUGCCGGCACUAUUCAUAUUAACGGGUUGUGUGGCUACAUCUGUUCAAAUGUUUUUCGCAGAUAGAGUGCGGCGCGUUUCCGGAAAGUUCUUCUGGGUCCUGAUCUGCUGGGGGCUUUCGAUCCUCCGGUUUGCUCUUUCAGUCACCAUCUGCGUGGUGUUAACCCGAGUAAGCCUCGCAGAUUUCGCUGCGGACUGGAAGUGGUUAGUUACUUCCAGCUGGGUCAGUGGAGCAGCUGUGGACACUUUGAUCACGGUGCUCCUGUUUUACGACCUCUUCAAGAAACGGAAGUUGGCGUUUCGAAAAACAGCAAAGCUGAUUGACCGCCUCAUCUUGACUACAAUCGAGACUGGCCUUUUAACAAGCGUGCUUACGCUCGUAUCUGGAUUGAGCUUCGAGGUUGUCAGUGGAACGUUUGCUUGGUUCGCGCUGUAUCUCUGCAUCGCCCGAGUCUUCUCGAAUUCGUUGCUCGCUACUCUCAACGCUCGUAUGACCAUUCGCCAAAUGUCGGUAUCUAAUGUACACUCUGUCGACUUUAUUUCCCGCAACAUUGAAGACGUGCCAAGUGAUGCAUCGAAGACACGGAGGCUGCAGCCGAUCGAGUUAGAUUCCGUUGGUGGAGUGAGUCAAGCUAAAGAACCAACUGGGAUGCUGGAUACAAAGGCUUGA